GGAGAGGGACCGUGAGACCAUCUCCCUCUCUCCCACUCUCUGUUCUCUUUUCCUCUUUAUUGUAAAUUCCAAUUUAUAUAUUUUCCCGAUCAAGAAAAUUCGAUGAUCUAAGAGUAACUUUUUUCUUGGAAGGUGUUAGAUGAAUACGUAAAAUUAGUUAACUCUAAUCAUGGAUAAUAGCAGAAACAGCGCAAAAAUCUUUGGGAGAUGAUCGUAUCUUCGAGCAAUAUGUAUUGGUCGUAGAUAGAUCCUCAUCGUUCGUUAGGUUACUACUCAAUCCGAUCUAGGCCCUCUAAACGUUCUACCUUCUGAAGUUGUUCUUGAUCUCAAUAGUUCCGACCAAACAAGAUGAAGAGAUCACGUGGAAGCUCCGAUUCCUUAUCCGGUUUCUUACCAAUUUGCCACUCUACAUCAGACAAACAACUAAGUCCACGACCAACAGCCACCGGAUUUCUCUAUCCCGGCGCCGGAGACUACUCCCAGAUGUUCGACGGUCUAGAAGAAGACGGAAGUCUAGAAGACAUCGGCGUGGGACACGCGUCGUCUACGGCGGCAGCGGAGAAAAAACGGCGGUUGAGUGUAACGCAAGUGAAAGCGUUAGAAAAGAAUUUCGAGAUUGAUAACAAGUUAGAGCCUGAGAGGAAAGUGAAGCUGGCUCAAGAGCUUGGGCUGCAACCUCGACAAGUGGCGAUAUGGUUUCAGAACCGCCGUGCUCGGUGGAAGACAAAGCAGCUCGAACGCGAUUACGGCGUUCUCAAGUCAAAUUUUGACUCACUCAAACGCAGCCGCGACUCGCUUCAACGUGAUAACGAUUCCCUCCUUGCAGAGAUUAAAGAGCUAAGAGCAAAACUUGACGGGGAAGGAACCGGCGUAAACAAUGGUAACGCGGUGACAGAAGAAACCGGCGUUGUAAAAGUGCUUGAGACGGUCGCGUAUCAGACGGUGAUUGCUAAUAACGAAGUCUUAGAGCUAAGCCAGCGUCCUCCGCCACAUAUUCCUACAGAAGCUCAGGCAUCGGAGCUAGCAUACGAGAUGUUUAGCAUUUUCCCACGUACCGAAAGCUUCAGAGAAGAUCCUGCCGAUAGUAGCGACUCGAGCGCUGUUUUGAACGAAGAUUAUAGUCCCACGGCGGCGGCGGCUGCGGCAGCGGUUGAAAUGUCCACGAUGGGAUGUUUUGGCCAGUUUGUGAAAAUGGAAGAGCAUGAGGAUCUUUUUAGUGGAGAGGAAGCUUGCAAGUUGUUUGCGGAUAAUGAGCAGUGGUUUUGCUCCGGUCAGUGGAGUUCCUAAAGCUAAAAGACAUGAUGCUGAGGAUAAAACUGAAACUAAGGAACAAUGAGGGUUGUUUGUGAAAACAUUGAUCAAGGGAAAUGAAGCGAGCAGAUAAAAAGAUUAAAACCUAAAAUUGCAUGCACUUCCAAGUCAAGGUUAAUUAAGAGAUUAUGUGAAGAUGAAAUUGUUUUGGAAGUUUAUAUAAUUUACUUGGAUUAAUUGCGUUGAAUGUAGUAAUAAAAACUUUAGACUCCGAAGGUUUCUAGAGAUUCCGAGCA